GUUGGUUGUGAUACAAUGAUUGUUGAUGUGUCCUAUCAAAAGUCAGCGUUCUGCUGAGUGUGAAUAGCUGUUCGCAGCCGUACGAGAUAAUGAAAUAGCGAAAAGGUCACCAUGCAGUUCCUGGGCCGUAUAUUGGACACGGUGAGCUCCGUGUCGACUCUGUUCUCCAACCCUUACCGUGUGAGGGACGUGCAGCUGUCAGAUUAUAAUGGCAAAGUGCUACUGAAACAGGAGGGCCGACUGGUCCUGUACAAGAACCAGCAGAGCCGUUCAUGGGACUGCCUGCUUCUCUGCCCCGAGUCUUCAUCUGUGGCUCUGAGGAUGUUUCAGGUAGCGUCAGAGGAGGAUGCCAUGAAUUGGUUUCCUCAGUAUGCCCUCAAGCUCCGCCCAUUUUAUGAGAUGCUCCGCCCACCGCUGAAACCUGAGAUGUUCCAGCCAAUCGUGGACUGCGUGCGGAAUCACCCCGACUGGAGCUCGGCCCACGUCGCAGUGGAUACUGGAUUGAGAGAUUGUCUCAAACACAAUUACGUUUUGAGUCAGAUGAACGCCCGUAACGCCCAGGGUCAGACCCCACUGCAUCUGGCGUGCGAGAGAGGAGAUGUGGCCUGUGUACGAGAGCUCCUGGAGGAGUGUCAGGCACGUACGGACAUCAAGGACAAGAACGGAGAGACGCCCAUGCACUGUGCUGCUAAACAAGACUCUGCUAUUGUUAUAGAGGUUUUGUGUGCCCAGAUGUGCAUGGGUGUGAACGAGCUGAACGCCGCCGGGGAAACACCGAUCCACAUUGCAUGCCGUCUGGGGAGGGUGGAGGCGGUCAAGGGCCUGCUUGGAGGCGGAGCCCGCUGUGACGUCAUGGGAAGCAACGGCUAUCCAAUCCACACCGCCAUGAAGUAUAGUGAGAAAAGUUGUGCCGAAGCAAUUUUAAGCACCAACCCAAAUCAACUUUUGGCAGAGGAUCCGCUUUAUGGUGGAACGCCUCUUCACUGGGCCAAAACUGCUGAGAUGAGCCGUGUGCUGCUGGACAGAGGAUGUAACAUUAACUACCUGAGUAAGACCGGAGAGAGUCCGUUACACAUCCUGACCAAGAGGGGGCGCUUUGAGGCCGCAAUGACACUGCUGACCCAUGGAGCUGACCCCAACAUUAAGGGUCUGGAUGGGAACACAGCACUGCACCUCGCCAUGAAGUUGGACCACAUGGACCUGAUCAAAGCUCUCAUUGUGUUUGGAGCAGAUGUCGAAGUUCACAAUGACCUGGGAGAGACACCAGGACUCAUUGCAGCCCGUACCAGCAAGGGGCCCAACCGUAAGGUGCUCUUGAACAUGCUGUGUAGUGUAGGGGUCGAGCGGUGUCACCCCCCUUCCCUCAACAGCCCUAUACCCAGUGUCAACAAAGCUCCGCCUCCUGGCAUAGGGUUUGAUGACAUCAUGCACGUGGCGGCAGCUGUCACGGCCAUGAGUCGUGGAUUUGCAGAGGUUGAUGGGCUCAAGACAGGAAGCAAAGUGGACAGAUUGCUGUGUUUAGAUGGUGGAGGAAUAAAGGGACUGGUUCUGAUCCAGAUGUUGAUCGCUUUGGAGAAACAGGCUGGACGGCCCAUCAGGGAACUCUUUGACUGGGUGUCUGGGACUAGCACUGGUGGCAUACUGGCCCUCGCUAUUGUACACGGUAAAUCGAUGGAGUAUCUGCGCUGUCUGUACUUCAGAAUGAAGGAACAGGUAUUUAAAGGUUCUCGACCAUACGAGUCUGGCCCUCUGGAGGAAUUUCUCAAGAAUGAGUUUGGAGAACAUACCAAGAUGACGGACGUCACACACCCCAGAGUAAUGGUGACUAGCGUUCUUGCAGACAGACACCCUGGAGAACUGCAUCUGUUUCGUAAUUACGACCCACCGGUCCUGCAAAGAGACCCUCCCUACACAUCUACAGCCACAUUUCAACCUCUUACUGUGCCGCAGGAGCAAUUAGUUUGGCGUGCUGCCCGCUCCAGUGGAGCCGCUCCCACAUACUUUCGACCAAUGGGCCGUUUUCUGGAUGGAGGGCUGCUGGCCAAUAACCCAACGCUAGAUGCCAUGACAGAAAUACACCAGUACAACAAAGCCCUAAAGGCACAGGGCAGUGAAUCAGAGGUGUGCAGGUUAGGUGUGGUCGUCUCAUUGGGCACCGGUAAACCUCCUCAGGUGGCGGUGAACUCGGUGGAUGUUUUCAGGCCAUCGAAUCCACUGGAGCUGGCCAAGACCUUUGUUGGUGUCAGAGAACUGGGCAAGAUGCUUGUGGAUUGUUGUACGGACUCAGAUGGUUGUGCUGUGGACCGAGCCAGAGCGUGGUGUGAGAUGGCCGAUAUAAACUAUCACAGGUUGAGUCCUCAGCUCUCUCAGGAGGUGAUGCUGGAUGAGGUCAGUGACGCUGUGUUAGUUGACAUGCUGUGGGAGACUCAGAUGUACCUGUACGAGCACAGAGAUGUCAUACAAACCCUCUGCCAGCAGCUACUGCAGCUUUGACAACAGCUCCCAGACUGACGGUGAUGAAGAGGGUUUUGGUGGCUUAAUAUGCAUCAGUGAUAUAUCCUAUACAAAUAAUGAAUCUGUUUACAUUAGUGUAUGUUUUCAGAACAAGAUGUUAGAUCAAUUUAAAGGCAGAAUAUUUAUUUAAAAAUAUUAUAGAUAUAUAAUUAUAUCAUGCUUUCCCCAUAUGUUUUGUAUUUGUAUCAUAAAUGCCAAAUUGGACCAAGGUUAAUCAUAUAUAACAUACAUGAAGGAUUUAAAGUGUCGUUUUAUAGAAACUAUCACUACCCAAUUUAAAGUUUGACCUGUGAGAUAUUUUUGUAUUGCAUUACAGUUUAUGUAUGCUAAAUUGCUCAUUUAACAUGUUCUAUGUCUAACAUUUGCACUGAUCAGGGUGAAGUGAGUAGGUGCUUUCUUUGAAGCAAUGUUUUUAUUCAUUAUUUAUCAAUAUAUAUAUAUAUAUAUACAUUAAUUUUGUUCUUUUUAUCAUGUGUGACAUUUAUAGAGAAACUUGACACUUUUUUUUUUUUUUUGAAAGUUAUUGUGACGUGAGUGAGAGUCAUAGGUCAAACUAUAACCACUGUGAUUGAAUACCAAGUACUUUCUUGCAUUUACCAUGUUAUGCAUUAAUCCAUGUACUUGGAAAUGAUCUUCAUAGCGUUUUUGUGUGCUGUCUCCUGUGUCAUUUUAAACAAAAGCCUUGUUUUUUUGCGCAAUCUGUCAUGUAUAACCUUGCAUACUUGAACAUUUUAAAGCUGCAACUGGUAAAAUCUCAGUCUGUGAAGUAUAGAAAUUAUAAUCAAAGAUUAUGUAUAACAUACUGAUGUUUUUAACAACAAAUAUGCAUCAAGUGUAACUUAAUAACCUCUUGUUUCUCAUUAGCCUUGUGUUAUUGUUUGGUUUGUUGAUAAAAUAUUUACAGCUCAUUUUUAUAGAAACUUGGUGAUUACUUAUACUUGACACUGAACUUACAGAUUUGUUGUUCAGAGACCAAAAUAAGCAUUUAUUCACUUUAUAUGUAUAACCUGCUGCUGUGGCAUUGAUUUUGAAACAUUUUAAUGAAGUGAUAUUAAUUUAAAAUAAAAAAGCACAUAAUUAUUCAA